UAGGGAGCAAUAAGCUAAUGUAAUUUUAGCUAGGCUGAGUACUGAUAUGAGCUGUUGUCUAAUGACUGGAGGUGUGAAAGAGCGUCUGGUUCAGCUGCAGCGCUGCAUGCGCUCUCUCCAGGAAACAGGGGGGCCCUGGAGUCACAGAGGCCAGGACAGCAACUCUCUAGGGGCCAUUUUGGCUCUGAUGGCAGCUGUACUGACAGAGUGUGACCUCCACUGUCACAGCCAGGCCCUUGGGGUGAUGGCCAAACGACUGGAGAGUGCAGCCGUGGGGAGAGAGGGGGAGAAAGACCUGCUGCUUUUACUAAAGAGCAUCACACAAUAUCCGCCCACAGUUGCCCCUUUGGAGAGGUUACAUCCCCAGGACUGUGCAGAGAUUUACAAGCUUGGGAUCAAAGAGAAUGGCAUCUACACCAUUCAGCCUGACCUGCACAGACCAGCUUUGGAGGCUAAAUGUGACAUGGAGACAGUGGGUGGUGGAUGGACAGUGAUCCAGUAUCGGCAGGACGGCUCACUGGACUUUAACAGGACGUGGCAGGAAUACCAGGAGGGCUUUGGCAGUCCACAGGGAGAGCUGUGGCUGGGGAACGCAGCACUUCAUGCCCUCACCUCUACUGGACAACACCAAGUUCGUAUAGAGCUGGAGGACUGGCACCAACAAAAGCGUCACGCUACCUACAAUAACUUCAAAGUGGGCUCAGAGGCACAGAGGUAUCGUCUUACAGCACGGGAGUACUCAGGCGAUGCAGGCAAUGCCUUGAGCUACAGCAAACGAUACAACCAUGAUGGCAGAUCCUUUAGCACCACUGACCAAGACUAUGACCGUUAUGCAGCCGGGAACUGUGGUCAGUACUACGGUGCAGGCUGGUGGUUUGAUGCCUGCUUGGCAGCUAACCUGAAUGGACGGUAUUAUCGAGGUCGUUACAGUGGGGUGACCAAUGGUAUCUACUGGGGGACAUGGUACAUCCUGACAGAUGGACGAACAGGAGAACGCUACUCCUUCAAGAGGGUGGAGAUGAAGACAAGACCCAGGAACUUUGCAGGAACAUCCUAAAGACUAAGAUCCCAUUUAUCAGUGUACCAUUCUUUAAACUACAAUAGUACUAGCCACAGUUCUGCAUUGGCAUCACAGUUGAUAGAUGUUUCACUCAAUGUGUGGCAGCUUUUAUGCCAGUCAUCAGUUAUAUGACAAAAGCAGCUAAUAGACUAUAGAAUAAAGUAUUCAAAAAUGUCCAAACACUUAACUUGCUAAACUUAACUUAUUGCAUGUAUCAUUUGUUCAGGGUAAUUCUUUCCUGCAAAACCAAAGAAAAUCAAUUUUUCAAAAUGUGUAUUGAAAAUACAGUAUGUGGAUGUUAUAGUACAUUUCUAGAAUCUUUAUUGGAGAAAUGAUAUGGUGUGAUUAAUUUCCAUCUUUCACAAGGGUGCUGGGUGAGGUAUGAAGACCGAGCUGCAACCUCCUGUGCUGAAAACGGUGCAAGUGCCAAAAACUGUAGUUCCAGGAAUGGCCACUUGAGGCUGGCUUAAAGAAUGAGUCAACUCCCAAAUGGGCCCAUCUUAAAGUGCCCUGCCUAGUUAACAAAUUAAUAAGUUGACAAAAUGGUUUUAUUUCCCCAAACCUGAACACUAGGUUGAUUGUUUUUAUUACCUGUUAUACUGCUUUAUAGUAUCUGUGUUGAAGUUAUGCAAAAUUAGGGACAUGGUAAGUUUGGUUUCAGGCUAUCAUCUGGGGGUCACUUCAGUUAAUUCCAGUCAUUCACCUUGACCUUUCGGGGACUUGUUUGUGCCUUUUUUUUUUCAAGUGUUGGACAUAUGCCUGGCUGUGCAGUUAACUAUAUUAUCAGGAUGUCCAGGAAAUCGGUGCUCCAACCAAGUGGCAACUUCUGGUCUUCAGGAAUGAAGCUGACGUGGAAGUGCUAAAAACUACAGUUCCUAAGUGUCCAUUUAAGGCUGGAUCCAGGCAUUGGAAACCACAAACAGACCCAUCAAGUAAUCCGUUGUGA